UCAUUUAGAAGUAGAACUAACAGAGAGAGAAAAAGGUAUUUCAUGUAACAAUCAUAAAUCUGCAUAAAUUUUAGCAAUCAAAGAAUUGUUAUAUAUGUAGUUGAUGUAGAUGUCUAGGUUGGAGUAUUGGAUCUCCCUCUUCUUGUCAUCAAACUCAUUAUAACUACACCCUGCAGUUCUUACUUCAACACAAAGCAACUACUUAUCAUAUAUUACUAUAACCAUCCCAUUCCCUCGAACCACCUCUCUCUCUCUCUCUCUCUCUCUUCUUGAUCUUGAGAAAAUGAGGGAUAGAAUGGAAAGAUUUGUGCUACUUCCUUUCACUGUGGGUUGCAUCUCUGAAUCGAGCAUCGCAGUUGGACUGCAGCAACCUAAAAUAUCAAAGCUGGUCGAUGCCAACACAACUCCAACAAGAACUCGUGGAGGAGAAAAGGAGGACGAGGAUGAAGAAACAUCAUCCACUGGUGAGAACUUGAAGAGCCCUUCAAACCUAUCAGCACUUCCAAAGUUCCAGAAGCUGUUCAAGAAUUUCAAGAACUUCUCUAACUUAUUUGACAAAGAUGAGUUAGAAGAACAAGAAACGGGGAUGGAGAUUGGAUUUCCAACAGAUGUGAAGCAUGUGACUCACAUAGGGUUGGAUGGUUGUGCAAGCUCAAUCCUCUCAAAGGGCUGGAAUAAUCUCAACGACCCAUUUUCUUCGCCACCACUUGAAGUUGCCAUGGGUGACCAACUCACCAUGAGGACUUUGCUUCAAACCAAAUGAAGAAAUUGUUGUCAUGAUAUUAGCAGCAGCGAUGAAAAGAAACAGAGGGAGAACAUGGCAUAUCGAAAUCUAAAUGUGCUAAAACCACUACAAAUUAUGUCACAGCCAUGAAUUGUCUGCUCAUGUAUCUUCAGUGUUUAUUCAUGUGGUUAUGUUAUUUGUGUAACUGUGUGGAACCUUA